UCGCACAACUGUUGCGUUCGAAUUCUCGCUCGUUGAACAUGUUACGUUGUAAACAGUCGUCGUGACGGGAAGUUUUGGAAAAUCGCACACAACAAUUAUUUUUUGGACUUUUCGCGACCGAACUAAAUAUUGUGGUGGCAAUGUGCUGUGCUUGGAGAGAACUUUAAAAUAACCACACCGAGUGACAUGAAAAAAAGUUAUAGAUCAGUGAAUUAAUAAGACUUUAAUGAGCAAAAUGUGGCUGCAAAUUUCCGGUGUCGUGUUUUUGUCAGCUUUAAUCGCGGCCACCAGAUUCGACGGUCCGGAACAAUGUUCCUGGCUGCCGGACAACAACGAUUCAUCGUCAUCAAAGCUCGCGGUCACCUGCAAAGUGCGCACUUUGGAGGAGUCCGGCGCCAACAUUAGCUCGUUACCGGCCGAAAUAACGUCCCGUCUCCGCAUCCUCUGCAGCGAUGUGCUGUUCUUCGAGAGCAACCUACCAUCGCAGGGUUUGCACCGUCUGCACGAACUGGAAGAUUUACAAAUCAACAGCUGUAAAUUGCUCUACAUCGAACCCAACUCGUUCGAGGGUCUCUACAACUUGAAGAAAUUAUCGGUGAACACUCACAACUCCGAUUGGGGACCGACAAAGAGUUUGGAGUUGACCGGUUCAAGUUUGCACGGUCUCAAGGAGCUGCAAGUUUUAAACUUGGCGGACAACAACAUACGCGCUCUGCCCGACGGCGUUUUCUGCUCCCUCGAGAACCUACAAACUUUGAAUCUGUCCCGCAACCGCAUCCGCAGCUCGGAGAGGAUCGGCUUCAACGUGCCCGAAUGUAGCAACAGCGAAUUGCAAAAUUUGGACUUGUCGUACAACGAUCUGCGAUCGCUGAACGAGAACUCGGGAUUCUCGCGUCUCCGACGUCUACAACAGUUGAACUUGACGCACAACAACAUCAGCGAAAUAUCAGGCGAGGCGCUGGCAGGUUUGGUCUCGCUUAAAGUUUUGAAUGUGGCCAACAACAAGAUCGGAACUUUGCCGCAAGGACUGUUCGCCGGAUCGCCGGAACUGAAGGAGAUCCAUCUCCAAAACAAUUCGCUGUUCUCGUUGGCCAAAGGGCUGUUUCACCGUUUGGAGCAACUGCUGGUGUUGGACUUGUCCGGUAAUCAAUUGACCAGCAAUCACAUUGACGCCGGCACCUUUACCGGUUUAAUCAGACUAAUUAUUCUGAACUUGUCGCACAACGCUCUGACUCACAUCGACGGACGUACAUUCAAGGACCUGUACUUCCUGCAGAUACUCGAUCUGAGAAACAACUCCAUCGGGUUCAUCGAGGACAACGCGUUCUUGCCGCUCUACAAUCUCCACACCUUGAAUUUGGCCGAGAACCGUCUCAACACCAUCGGGCCGCAGCUAUUCAACGGACUUUACGUGCUGAGCAAGUUGACGCUUAACAACAACUUGGUCGUGAGUAUUGAUAGCCGUGCUUUCCAAAACUGCUCCGCGCUUAAAGAACUGGACUUGAGUUCGAACGCUUUGGAGGAGGUUCCGGACGCCAUUCAGGAGCUGACGUUCUUGAAAACGCUGGACUUGGGUGAAAAUCAGAUCAGUGAGUUUAGGAACGGCUCGUUCAAGAACUUGAACCAGCUGACCGGACUGCGAUUGAUCGACAAUAACAUCGGUAACAUUACGCGCGGCAUGUUGUGGGAUCUGCCCAGUUUGCAAGUGCUCAACCUCGCCAAGAACAAAAUCCAAAACAUCGAGCGCGGCUCGUUCGAAAGGAACACGCAAAUCGAGGCGAUCCGUUUGGACGAGAACUUCCUGACAGACAUUAACGGUGUGUUCGCGACUCUCGCAACGUUGCUGUGGUUGAAUUUGUCCGAAAAUCAUUUGGUGUGGUUCGAUUACGCGUUCAUUCCGAGCAACCUGAAAUGGCUGGAUAUCCACGGCAAUUUCAUCGAACACUUAGGUAACUACUACAAGAUCCAGGACGAGAUCCGCGUGAAAACUUUAGAUGCUAGUCAUAAUAGAAUAGGUGAAAUUGGACCGAUGUCCAUACCGAACAGUGUAGAAUUGUUGUUCAUAAACAACAAUUUCAUCAAGUCGGUGAAUGCAAACACGUUCCUAGAUAAAACUAGUCUCGCGCGGGUCGACAUGUACGCCAACGACAUGGUGAACUUGGACUUGAACGCGCUACGCAUCUCGCCGGUGCCCGCAAACCGGUCAUUGCCGGAGGUCUAUCUGGGUGGCAACCCCUUUCAUUGCGACUGCACCAUGGAGUGGCUGCAACUCAUCAACAACAUGUCUGCGUCCCGCCAAUACCCGAGGGUCAUGGAUCUCGACAAUGUCAUGUGUAAAAUGACGCAUUCCCGUGGGAUGACACACAUGCCCCUAAGCCAGGCCAAACCCAGUGACUUCCUAUGCACUUACAAAACUCACUGUUUCGCCUUGUGUCACUGCUGCGAAUUCGAUGCGUGCGAUUGCGAGAUGACCUGUCCACAGAACUGUACUUGUUAUCACGAUCAGUUGUGGAACACCAACGUGGUGGACUGCUCCGGACAACACGCCAACGGAAUUCCCCAGAAGAUACCCAUGGACACAUCCGAAUUGUAUCUGGACGGUAACAACAUCAAAGAGCUGCAGAAUCAUGUGUUCAUUGGUAGAAAAAAUAUGCGAGUACUAUACGUGAACAACAGUGCCGUAGAAACCAUCCAGAACAGCACGUUUAACGGUCUGCAAGGUCUGCAGAUUUUACACUUGGAAGAUAACAAAUUAAACGAAUUGCAAGGGUUCGAAUUCGAACAUCUGACCAAUUUAAAAGAGCUGUAUCUCCAAAACAAUAUGAUCAAGCACAUCUCCAACAACACCCUGGAGCCGCUGACUUCGUUGGAAAUCCUACGAUUAGACGGCAAUAAAUUGACAACAUUCCCCGUGUGGCAGUUGACGAUAAACACUCGCCUGAUCGAGGUGACCCUGGGAAACAACCAGUGGUCGUGCCGCUGCAAGUUCCUGCAAGGGUUGACCGCAUGGGUCGCCGAUAACGCCGCCAAAGUGGUUGACAGCGCCGAUAUGAUGUGUUAUAAUAUGGAGUCGAAGCCCCCGCAAAGCCGAGAACUGGAUUUCAACAGUACCGCGUGCAGUGACUUCUUCGCCGGAAGCUCGGUAAUAGAUAGCAUGCUUGUGUCCGACUACUGGCCGAUGGUCGUCGUAACUCUAUGCGUGGUGAUUUGCCUGUUGUUGUUCGUCGUACUCUGGUUCGUAUUCAGGGACUCCGUCCGCGUGUGGCUGUACUCCCGCUACGGAGUAAGACUGUGCAGUUUCCGUGCGGCCGCCGCCAAACAAUUCGAGGACAGGGACAAGUUAUACGACGGCUUCGUAUGCUACAGUCCCAAAGACGAGGAAUGGGUCAUCCAAGAUUUGGCCGCCGAACUCGAGCCAAAAUUCCAACUCUGUUUGCAAUACAGAGAUCUUCCGCACACGCCGUACAUACAGCACGCCGCCCCCGCCGUGUUGGAAGCCGCAGAAGCCAGUCGCAGAGUGAUAUUAGUUUUAACGCGUAAUUUUCUUCAGACUGAGUGGGCGCGAUUUGAACUGCGGCAAGCUCUACACGAGGCGCUGAAGGGUCGCGUUUUUAAGCUGGUCAUCCUUGAAGAGGGUCCGCUGCCAGAAGCCGAGCUCGAUCCCGACUUCCGGGUCUACUUGAAAACCGCCGAUCGCAUCAGAUGGGGCGAGAAACGUUUCUGGGAGAAAUUGAAAUACUGCAUGCCAUCGGUCGAUCCCAGGGGCAAGAUCAAUGCUAACUACAGACGCAAUAUCAACAAUUACACUAUAGAUUCUCGAGUAGUAGCCAACGGAGGAGGACAUCACACCCACCACACUUAUCCAGAGAAGAUCAGGGUACAAGUUCCCCCGUCACCGGGUAUGCAGAUGUUGCCGCCGCCAGCUUAUUCCGCCGGCGUGCCCCACGAGUUAGACGACGCCAAUUAUUCUUCGGCGACGACGGCCACCCCAUCGCCCAGGCCUCAGAGGAGGCAGCAGGAUCCUAGGCCAAUUUCGGAUCACAUCUACUCGAGCAUUGAUUCGGAUUACAGCACUUUGGAGCGGGGCGGUUCCGGUAGACGUGGACCUCCAUGGAGGCCCCACAUCAUGAUGCAAGCCGGUGGCGUCAAUAAUGGCGGCCAGGCCUAUCUUGUGUGAUAACUUCAUUUUCUGACUGACUAGAUGUAACAAAGACUUAAACAAUAUUAAAAUAUUAUACAUGAGUCGAAAACGUGUAAUUAUUAAUUCUUAAUUAUUGUAUUAUUUUUGUACAUAACUUGUAUAUAGAUAUAUUUAUUUGUUUAUUUUUGAUUUUUUGUAUUAUUAUGUGAAUAUUUUUUACGAAUUGCAAAACGAAUUAUAUAAAUAAAAAUACAAUGUGAAAUAUA